AUGAUGCCACACGCCCAAUCAAACGCUGGUGAUGUUGAUAAUGACAAUGAUGAUAAUGGCGAUAAUAAUGAUGCUGGUGGUAGUGGUGAUGAUGAUAAGUGGAAGAUUGUGACGAAAACUGCGAGAAAUACUCUUCGAAUAAUCAGGAAGUACGGUUUAGAAUUCAGAAAAAUGUUGUUAGAUUGGGCGCUGGUGAGAAGCGACAAAACGCCGCCUGAAAUACAUUCCCAAAGUAAUCUGCUAGAAUUGGUAAAUUAUGUGGCACGCAUCGAAAAGAAACGGCGAGCGAAGCGAUCAGUAACAACGAACAACAAACAAAAAAAAAUAAAAAACUUAAAAGAUUCUGAGGUACCAUUCCGCAGCUGA